UACCAGGUCAGUUAUCAUCCGUCGUAGAACGUCAUUGUAUAAUUAGCGUGCUCUGGUUUGACGUCAUUGUUCCAUAUAAAUACCGAAUGCCCGAUCUCGGCCACCAUAAACUGACGAGAGAGCUGCCUACGACGUGCUAUUGUACUCUUAACAGACGAUUCAUAUUGAGACUACUUCCUCUUUUGAGUAACGAUAUCUCGAACGUGCGGAAGUGAUCGUCAUUUUCUUAUAAAGUAUCGUCGAUAUAAUCAGUAUCUUCAAAUAUAGAAUGAUGGCUAUCACAUUCGUUGGUUUUGUUCUGCUGCUCGUCGCCUGCUCUUACGCAUUACCUCUUAGAACGGCGAGCAUGUAUGGUUCUCCCUUGCUUGUUGUGCCAAUAAUCGUUCAGGAACUCGACGAUUCCCGAGCUUUGAUAAACGAGGAACCGAUGUACGCGUUAGACGACGGCAACCUCAACAUCGAGAAACGCAGUGCAGAGGAAGCAGAUGAUGAUGAUGAUGAUGAUGAUGAUGACGACCUCGAGACCGCAGCUGGUACCAAUAUUCUCCGUCCUCUCUUCGUCUAUCGCCAGCAAGUCGCGUAUCGAAAACGUGUCAGAGACGCUCGACGAGGUAGGCGAAUAUAAGCGGAGGAAGGAAAAUCGAUUUGGAGAUUUCGACAGUUGAAACUGAUUGAUUAUCCUAUUUUGGUAUUAUCGGGAAGAUAAUACAUUCGAGAUAGGAGACCUCCAUCUAAAGCCUUACUGGUAAAGAUCUUUAAAAUCCUGAAGAAGGAUUGAAAAAGAAUCGAGCUUGUGAUGAUAAAAAACCUCAUAAAACUUAGAUAAAAGAUACGCAAAGAUCAAAGAAAGAUAGAUAAAUAUAAGGGAUAAAAAUUAAAGGAAAUGAAGAUAGCUUUGCAUCAAGAUGAUUCGAUUAAACAAAGUACAAAUAUUUGUUUUGAAAAAUACCAAGGUAUGAUAAUGUAGGUUUUUUAUAACGAAAUAUCCAAAGCUUGUCAGGGACUGAAAUAAAGCUUGCCGCUCGUGGAUAUUUCUGCGUGUAUCCGUGAGCGCAGGAGAGUAAGAACUCAAGUUUAUAAACAGCGAAGCGGAAGACUCGCGCCAAUAUGAAAAUUUUGGGCGCAAAUAAAACUGUUCACAUGUCGACGAAGCUUAUCGCUGAGAUAAAUAUGUGAGGUAUAGACAAAAAUACAGAGAAUCGGUAACGAAAGAAAAGUUUUUGUGUUGAAGAACGGAUGAACCUUAAAACGGUAGUAAGGGGUAUUGAACUCGCACGGUAUAAUUACGCUAAAAGGUUGUGGACCUCGUUAUUUCGACGAAAAUUAACCGUGCAAAUUAACAAGCGCGGACUAAUCUACUGAUUCAGGAAGGCCUUUUUUUUAAGCGAAGCAACAAAAGUGACCGGAGAAAUGAGGAAAGCAUUUAACUAUUUUACGAUCAUGUAUACGAUCUCUUUAAAAGAUCCUGUAGGUUUAAGUCAGAUUAAAGUUAAGUCUACAAGAGAGGGAGUUGAUUAAAAUAACAAAUAGAAUAACAGAAGAAUUAGAGGAAGCGCCAAGUGUAUGUAUCUCUUUAUAAUGUAAUUAAAUAGCGAUACUUUAAUUGUAAGUCAAUUAUUAGUAAAAAAAGAAUACGUUAAUGAUCGAAAGCUGUCUACCAAAGUUGCAUUACGCAAGCAAUUAAGUAAAUUAAUGAUAUUGUGAAUAUUCAAAUGUAUGUACAUAUAUGAACAUUACAUUGUGAUACGAGAAAAUGUUACGUGUGCAAAUAUAUGAUAUUUUAUAAAUAAAUGUAGAAAAUUG